CGGACGCGGUGGCGGAGGCCGUGGCGGGGGUCGGCGGGAAGGGAGGCUCUGCGCUGCCGGAGCGGCCCUGGGCUCGCUCGCUCGGCCUGCAGAGGGGGAGUGGAGCGCAGGGCGCCGGCGCGGGAGGCGGAGGGGUGAAGUCAGGGCUGAGUGGGCGGAAGUGCGCUGGGGCUGAAGUCAGGCCCGGAAGCGGGCCGGAGGGGAGCUGGAGCUGCCGCGCUCCCUCCUCCCUCCCUCGCUCCCUCCCUCCGGGGCGUUGGGGCGCUCGCACACUUGGGCACCGUACGACACGUUUUCCAAAUGUCAGGCUGUUGACUUGUCCAAUUCUAGGGCGUAGUCACCCUACAUCCUGCUGCUGCCCUACCUCGUAUCCUGCUUGGUCAGGUUCACGUGAGACAUGGCACAGGACCAAGGACACGUACAGCUACCCAGAGCUGAUGCUAUUCGUUCUCGGCUGGUCGACACUUUCUCCCUCAUAGAGCAUUUGCAAGGCUUGAGCCAAGCCGUGCCGAGGCACACUGUCCGGGAGAUACUUGAUCCUUCUCGACAGAAGAAACUUAUGUCAGGAGACCAGCACCAGCUUGUGCGCUUCUCCAUAAAGCCCCGGCACAUGGGGUACAUCACACACUCCCAGCGAAUGCUCAGCAGGCUCCGUGUGAGGUGCAGCCAGAGGCCACCUCUGUCCCUGUGGGCUGGAUGGGUUCUUGAGAGUCCCAUCUUCUCAAAAUUCAUCAUCUCCCUCAUCUUUCUGAAUACAAUUGUACUGAUGGUCGAAAUAGAAUUGAUGGAAUCCACAAAUACUAAACUGUGGCCAUUGAAGCUGGCUUUGGAGGUUGCAGAUUGGUUUAUUUUACUUAGCUUCAUUGUAGAGAUCUUUCUAAUGUGGAUGUCCAGCUUUACUCUUUUCUGGAAUAAUGCCUGGAAUGUCUUUGACUUUGCUGUUACCAUGUUGUCUCUGCUUCCUGAGUUUGUGGUGCUGAUGGGAGUCUCAAGGACGUCUGUGUGGCUUCAGCUGCUGAGGAUCUCCCGGGUGCUGAGGUCUCUCAAACUGUUUGCACGAUUCCCUCAAAUUAAAGUUAUUAUAUUGGCUCUGGCCAGGGCCCUGAAGAGCAUGACGUUCCUCCUGAUGCUGCUGCUUAUCUUCUUCUACAUCUUUGCUGUAACUGGCGUCUACUUCUUCCAAGACUAUUCCCGGUCAACUAUCGAGGACCUUGAGUACAACAUGUUCUUCUCGGACCUACCAAAUUCCCUGGUGACAGUGUUCAUCCUCUUCACCUUGGACCAUUGGUAUGCAGUACUUCAGGACGUCUGGAAGGUGCCGGAAGCCAGCCGUGUAUUUAGCAGCAUCUAUGUGGUCCUUUGGUUGUUGGUUGGCUCCAUUAUCUUUCGAAAUAUCAUAGUAGCCAUGAUGGUUACUAACUUUCAGAAUAUUAGAAACGAGCUGAGUGAGGAGAUGACCCACCUGGAGGUUCAGUAUAAAGCUGACAUAUUCAAGCGACAGAUUAUCCAGAGGAGACAAAACCUGUCCCCUGAAUCAGUAAGAGAACCGAGUCAAGGAAAGCGCUCUGAAGACUUACUAGAGCCAUCUAAAGGGUCUGGAGCCAGUGAUGCUGAAAACACUGAUGAUGAGAAAAAUGAUACCGAGAGAAGUGAUGCUGAUGAAAGUGAUGCUGAGAGAAGUGAUGCUGAGAGAAGUGAUGCUGAGGAGAGAAGUGAUGCUGAGGAGAGAAGUGAUGCUGAUGAAAGUGAUGCUGAGAAAAGAGAUGCUGAAGCUAAGAAAGGGCGAAAAGAAUCAUCAAAAUCGAAAGUCUACCCAGCCCCCGCUUCCAACUCUUUAUCCUCCUACGGUUCCUCUGUAGCCGAUUUUGAUUUUGUUGAUAAUUUGGACUGGGAGACUCUUGUGCAUGAGAACCUGCCUGGGUUAAUGGAUAUGGAUCAGGACGACCGUGUUGUUUGGCCCAGAGAUUCACUUUUCCGGUAUUUUGAGUUACUGGAAAAGCUUCAGUAUAACUUGGAGGAGCGCAAGAAGUUGCAAGAAUUUGCAGGUCAGCCUGAAUCCUUCGCAGAAGGAUUAUCUGCUGUUUACUACAUCAUGUGGACUGCCAAGCAGUGUCUCAUUCUGGUCAUCUAUUAUUUUGAUAUCUGAUUAGUUAGGUGAUGUUGUCUAGAUGUUUCCUCUGGGGUUUGAAGCAUUCCACCUUCAGGAAGCUCCUUAAGCAGGAACGUAAACAACUCAACACAUCUUCAGAAAGCCCCUUGAACUGACCAGAUUCACCAGGCCUCUCCUUCCCAAGGUAAGCACUAAAAGAUGAGAGUACCUUCCAGAUUCAGGAAGCUGAGCUGUAUGAAGACCCUCAGACCAGACCAGCUGCCUGGAAGAUGCUUACACCAACUGAGGCACCUGGAAAGGACACUCUCCAGCCUGUUGAACUGCCUUCAGGGGUGCAGUGUGCCCCAGGUUCCCAUCUUUGUGAACUGCCACCCAUGACGGGGUGGGCUUUGGUGAUGCACUUCUCUUUGAGUCAUUUCUGCCCCUGUAAAGUAACCCCUCACCCAUGUUCCUUUAAGUAUCCCUAAUAAAACUGACUGG